AUGGCAGCCCGGACAAUUGUAAUCGGUGGCGGUACAGGCUUUAUAGGCAAACAUUUAAGUGAUCUCGUUACAUUAAAGGGUUACAAUGUAGUCAAUGUGGCCCGCAUGCCUGGUGCAAAUAAUAUCUCCUGGCCCAUGCUUGAAUUAAAUGGGCUCCCAAAGAAAACUUGUGCAGUCGUAAAUCUUGCAGGACAGCAGUUUUUGGACUUCACUAAAUCCUGGACACCUGGAUUCAAACAGAAUGUCCACAAUUCUCGGGUUUACACAACUAAACAGUUAACAGCAGCCAUUAAUAAAAGUGUGGACAAGCCCAAAGUGUUUGUUUUGGUCACGGGUGUAGGAGCAUAUGAACCUUCGGAAACUGAAGUAUAUGACGAAAACAGCCCUACUACCGGAAGGGACUUUUUCUCAAGACUAACUGUUGAGUGGGAAAAGGCCGCAAAUGUUGAUGAACCAUGUAGGCUUGUGAUAAUUCGCUCAGGCGUCGUACUUGGCCGUUGGGGUGGCAUGAUCAAGAAUAUGAUCUUGCCUUUUUACUUGGGCGUCGGGGGUCACAUUGGUACCGGAAAGCAGUAUCUGCCGUGGAUACACAUACAAGAUCUCACACGACUCAUUCUAUUCGCCAUCGAAAACGAUCAUAUUAAAGGUGUGCUGAAUGGAGUGGCACCACAGGUCAUCACCAAUGAGCAUUUUACCAAAGCGUUCGCCAAAGCAUUGAAACGGCCAGCUAUAAUACCAGUCCCAGAGUUAAUAUUAAACUAUUUAUUGAAUCAUGAAAGAGCUAUGGUAAUGACUAAAGGCCAGAACGUUGUACCGAAAAGAGUCUUAGAUUACGGGUUCUCGUAUAAAUACUCGAAUAUCGAAUCAGCUUGUCAAGAAUUCGCACACCUCUUACCGAAGAAACACCCUCUUAAGUAG